CAUCUUACUUAUCGAUUCUAGGCAUCUUAUUAGAGAUCCCACCCACCCCUCAUUUCUCUAUUCAUCCACUCCUUUCUUAUAUCUUCACCCUCCUCACUCCCUCUCUCUUAUUCAAUUCAUUCAUCUCAUACACAAACCACAAACCAAAAAAAUAAAUAAAAAUGAACCUCUUGUUAGAUUCCAAUGUUGAGGCUUUAGCCUUCAAUUACUUAAACUUUGGUUUAAUCACAAUUCUAAACAAUUUAUGGACUUGGCUAGCUCUUCUCACCGCCGCUCUUAGCUUCUGGAAGAUUCGCUCAUCAGGUUGUCCUAAAGAGCCAAUUUCCAUAAAAGCUGACACAUGUGUCUCAAUUUCUACUAUUUCUGUAAAUGAUGAAAUGACAGAAAUUGAGACACCAAUUAAGAAAACAUCGACAGAAAUUUUUGACGGGGUUGACGGUGUUAUGAAAGGAAAGUUUACGGUGUAUUUUAAAGAUGACAUGCAAUGUGGACUCAUCGAUAGUACUAGUUGCUACGACCGGCUAUUGCCGGUUGCUGAAGGGUGGGAACAAGAAGGUGAGUUGGAAUGGUGCAAAUGUUGGGAGAAGGUGUUGAGAUUGAGAAAUGGUGUGACUGAAAAUGGUUGGUACACGUGUCAAGAUUUAACGGAGCUUAACGGAAAUGUUGUUAAAAUUUGGGAUGGUGGUUUAAGGUUUGUUGGUAGUUGAAUCAAAGAGGAAUCAUGGUACAGUAUGUCUGAAUGAUAAUAAUGAAAAGGAAAAAAAAAAGUAGAAAUAGUUUUAUUUUUAAUUAGGUGUAGUUAGUUUAUGCAUUAUAUGUUUUUGUUGGAUUAAUUAAUAAUAAUUUCUCAAUCAAGAUUUGAGAGAUUAUUUAGAUUUGAGAAUGUGUAUAUAUAUUUUAAUUUUAAUUUGGUAGUUCGGUUUAGAAA